ACACAAACCGUACCGCUUGCGCAGCUGCAAUACGACACGAACCCUGCAUAUGUCCCCCACCACAACAACAAAUUGACAGCUGAAAAGUCGCUUCGCAACCAUUUGACAGCCACUCGUCCUUUGCACCGCUGUCGAGUUUGCCCAUUUGCUGUGCGAGUGAAAAAAUAAUAUCCAACACACUGCCUUUAAUUUAUUUGUCGAGAGCGUUCUGUGCUGCACCAGGUGAAGCGUCUGCCCGGACACCAUACAACAAACCGCACUCGUUUGCUUUGCAUCUCACAAGCGUGUAAAAUCGUGCUUCGGAAAUGGCUGUCGUGCAGCAGGCUGGCAAUUUGCCACCAAUGGCGUCAAACUCCGAGAAGGUGUUCCAGUGGAUAAACGAGCUGUCCAAUCCGGAAUCGCGCGAGACGGCCCUGCUCGAGCUGAGCAAGAAGCGGGAAUCCGUCGCCGACCUGGCCCCGAUGCUGUGGCACAGCUUCGGCACGACGGCCGCCCUGCUGCAGGAGAUCAUCCACAUCUACCCGUCCAUCAAUCCGGCCACCCUGACCGCGCACCAGUCGAACCGGGUGUGCAAUGCGCUGGCCCUGCUGCAGUGUGUCGCCUCCCAUCCGGAGACGCGCUCCGCCUUCCUGGCCGCCCACAUUCCGCUCUUCCUGUAUCCGUUCCUGCACACGACCUCCAAGACGCGCCCCUUCGAGUACCUGCGGCUGACGUCGCUCGGUGUCAUCGGUGCGCUGGUGAAGACCGACGAACAGGAAGUGAUCACGUUUCUGCUGACGACGGAAAUCAUUCCACUGUGCCUGCGCAUCAUGGAGGCCGGAUCGGAGCUGAGCAAAACGGUGGCCACCUUCAUACUGCAGAAGAUACUGCUGGACGACAGUGGGCUGUCGUACAUCUGCCACACGUACGAUCGGUUCUCGCACGUCGCCAUCAUUUUGGGCAAGAUGGUGAUAUCGUUAUCCAAGGAACCUUCGGCACGGCUGUUGAAGCAUGUCGUACGCUGCUACCUGCGACUUUCGGACAAUCCACGCGCCCGAGAAGCGUUACGCCAGUGUCUGCCGGAUCAGCUGCGCGACGGUACGUUCACCGCCUGUCUGCAGGAGGAUAAAUCUACCAAGCACUGGCUGACGAUGCUGCUGAAGAACCUGGACACACCGGCCGGUCCCGUUACCGAUCCGCGCCAGGUUGGCAUCGCUCCGCUUACCUCGUAGAGGGCGACCGGCGGUGCUGGAAAUUUCAUACUUCAAGGGCUGUAACCGUGCAACCAGUGCCAGCGUUGACGGCACAGGCAACGGAAGCGGGCCAGAGGGGACCGGCCGCCCAACAGCUUCCAUUGUCCGUGAGUGUGUGCGUGUGUAUUUUUCUUUCCCAAACCUUUUUGUUUUGUUAAUAAGCUGCCAGCUGCGUGUAAAAACGGCAGCGUCAGCUGUCCCUUUAGGAUUAGUUGCUCGAUCGAACCGCGCUCGUGUCCCACAUUACCACCCGAUUUGUUCCUCCAGGCUAUGGUGCGAAGCGAAGCUGUAGAGCGAAGCAAAAAAAAAAAGAAAUAAGAGGAAUGAGCGAUAGAAAGCUAAGACGAGCCAACCUCACUCCCCUAUUAAGAUGUACAGAAAAUUUUUAAGACAAAAUCCCAUUUGUAACGAAGCAACAAAACAGGAAACAAAAGAAAACAAAUGUGUAAAGAACUCGUGUUUCGUAGCUUUCUUUGAAAGAAGGCUUUUAAAAACGACAUUUAGAGACGUGAAAUAAUAGUGUAUGUCUGCUACUGUAUGUGUGCGUGUACGUUAACUGUGAGCGAUAGGGCAACAGCUGCUCAAACUCUGUUGAAGAACCAAUUAUUCGAUUAACAAAGAAAAACAUAGGAUUCAAAAUUUGGUUAAAUAGUCGAAGAAGUUAAAAGAUAAACAAAAAACGAAUCACGAUACGCUAGUUAGAUAGGUAGUGGGCGCGAUGGGUGAGUUAGUUGUUCACCUUCCGCCCUCCCCAUACCCCCGAAAAACGAGAGCUUUUGUUGUUCGGCAAUUUUUACGCACACAGACGUUAGCGAAAACUCAUUCAACACUCUCUACUCUAUACCUGUUUAGUAUUAAAUAUGCGAUGAAACAUACAAUAA